GAAAUCUUUCUCUUUGAGAUCCUCUGAAAGUCGUCAGUUGUCUUCCAUAAGGAAUAACCAGCUGAGUGAUUUACCAUCUGAAAUGAAGAACUUAACUAAACUGUGCUCCAUUAUCCUCAGCUACAACAGAUUCAAGUCCUUCCCUGAAGUACUCUAUCAGAUAGUUUCCUUGGAGUCGGUGUUGCUUGGUAACAACCAGGUGGGUGUGGUGGACCCUUGUCGUCUGAUAAAGUUGGUUCAUCUGUCAACACUGGACCUGUCAAACAAUGACCUGCUGAACAUUCCCCCUGAACUGGGCCUGUGUACCAGCCUCAGGUGUCUCAGUCUGGAGGGGAAUCUUUUUCGCACUCCCAGAGCAGCCAUCGUGGCCAAAGGAACGGAUGCAGUGAUGGAGUACCUCCGCAGCCGCAUUCCUACAUGACCCUGACCUCCGGGGUCAUGAUCAACACAUCUUCUGGCCUUGCAAUUCCUUGUUUCUUUCUCAGUAUUGACAUUUAAAUGCAUCAACAGCCACCUGAUUGUUCUUUAUCUUUAUUGUACACAAGUCUGCAGUCAGAAGGAAACCAGUAGCCAAAGUUUCCCUCUUGAAUUUCAAUGUUGCUCCAGUGAUGUGGUUUGUGUUAGAUGGAUGUGUAGAAUGUGAUAAAUAUUCCUGGACAAUCGGAGUCAAACUCAUGCCGACGUGUGACAGAAAAGAACCAAUGACACUUCACUCAAUAAAGUUGUUAUAUAACUUUA